GUCAGACCCGCAGAAUAACAAAUUGUAAUGGCGGCCGUCGGGAAAAGAAAUAAGUCGGUUUCAGACUAAAACAGACCUAUUCAGACUGCUGUCAAGCAUAUUUAAUGGCAGACAUGGAUACUACUUUAUUGUGCAGUGUGCAUAGCUUUAUAUCAUUGUCAUUUGGAACGUAAAGCCAGACACUAUUACGUUUUAUUUGCUGUGUUUUGUGAACAGUGAUAUGUAAACAAGAUCGUCAGUUCUAAACAUUCUUACGAUUUUGACAGUUAGAUUGUCACCAUAAAGUUUUUAUUUUGGACGUUCAAUUUGACAUGCAAUUGUGUUUUGCAAGGAGAGGAUAAUUUACUGGUGGCUGAUGCUUUAUUGAGAAUGGAGGAGACUGUUCAUGUAUAUUUCCAUGUCCACUGCCAUAAUUAGGCCAAAUGUAGAACCUUCACGAUGAGCGUGGUCCUGAGGCUAGGGGUAGUACAUACAAAUGAUGGCGGACAAAAAGAUGCGGCCAAUGACGCCGAUGUGGUGGACUGCCCCACAGGAGACUAUUACAUGAUACCCCAGACUUACCCUGGAUGUUUUGGGUUACCUUACCAAGAUCACAAUUAUGGUGCUCCUCCGCCACCUACUCCUCCUCCGUCACCUCCUCCCCAGCCGGCGUCUCCACCACAGGUGGACAAGGGCCUGCAGCUGGAGGUGGAGGAUGUGGUCAUGGUACCAGCCGUGGCUGCCACCGAGGUAGCACGCGAAAUCUCGGUCGAGGAUGACAGUAUUACCAGGUGUAUCUGUGACUACACACAUGACGAUGGCUACAUGAUCUGUUGUGACAAAUGCAGUGUCUGGCAACAUAUAGACUGUAUGGGAGUUGACCGGAGCAACAUACCUGAGUCGUAUUUCUGUGAAAUAUGCGAGCCUCGGGUGUUGGACAGUGAAAGAGCUCGACAGCUACAGACAAAGCGGAAAGAGCUUCUCAUCAAUGAUUCUAGUGCUACUGAUACUGACCCUGAAGAAGCAAUGAAUAGACAGAUGUCUCAACAACUCUCCAACACAAAGAAGGGCAAAAACAGGAAAAAGACGAGAGUUCGCAGUGAAAAGAACAACCCUACAACUCCAAAUAAAAGUGAUGUGAAGCUGAGAAGGCCAAAAAAAGAAAAGAAAGAUAAUAUCAAAAAAGAAAAGGAGAAUAAAGAAGCAGACAAAAAACAAAAACAAACAGCCAUCAAGGAAGCAAUUAGCAAAAAGAUCAACAAAUCAAAAUUGAAGAAAAAGCCUGGUUUGACUCUUGUGAUGAAUGAAAAUGCCCAGGAUCCAUGGGACAGUAGCUACAGUCCCUGGGUGGACAAAUAUGAGGAGGCAAGAGAAAAUCAAUACAGUCCAGACAUCCAAGCGCUUAUGGCUAUACGGAUAAACGGUCAACCGGCUGAUGAUCCUCAUCCAUUAAAUGGGAGGUUGCAAACUCAGCUUUGUCACGUAACUGAAGUCAGCAAAAACAGAAAGGGUUUGGAGGCAUCCGAGACCAUUGGAGAGGGAGAACCAAUCAUAGAAUACACUGGAAAAGUUACGCUGAAACAACAGUUUGACAAGGACAACUUCUUCAGACAGUUCAACCCGUUUGCAUUGUUUUACAACAAGUAUGACAACAUAGAGCUGUGUGUAGAUGCCACCUCGUAUGGAAGCACUGCCAGGUUUAUAAGACGAUCCUGCAAGGCUAACGCAGAGGUUCGGCAUGUCAUGGAAAAAGGUGUCGUGAAUUUCUUCAUAUACUCUGCCAAAGUCAUACCAAGAGGUUCCGAGAUCACGAUACCUUAUGAUUACAACUACAAGGACUGCUCCUACUGUGUUGAAUGUGCCUGCCUUAGAAACAACUGCCCUGUAGCAAAAUAUUUCAAACGAAAACAAAAUGCUCAAAAUAAAAAAGACAAAUCAUUGCCUAAAACACCUGUGAAGCCUAUAGCUAAGUCACCGGUCAAAUCUCCUACCAAGUCCCCUCUCAAGUCAUCGAUCAAGAAGAUUAUGGAUGUGGUGGUUAAGAAGGAAAUCGUUGUAGAAGAAUCACCUCCAAAGGCUUUAAAAGAGGUCCCUCCCCCACCUGUGGAGGUUAAAAAGGAAACGGUGGAGCCAAAGGUAAAGGAGCCCGAGGUGAAGGAGGAGGAGAAGGAGGAGGAGGAGGAAGAAGAACAGGAACAACAAGAACAGGAGAGUACUACAACAGUGGCAGCCCCUACCAUGGUGUCAGAUGUAGGCAGUGACUCGGAGGAUGUGUCUUCUGGAACGUCGGCAGAAAAAAGAAACAAAAUGUCUAAGACAAGAGAAGAAAGAAAGAUGGAAGCCAUUAUGAAAGCCUUUGAGAAGUUGGAGAAAAGGGAAGAAAGAAGAAAAGAAGCACUAGCACGACUGGAACAUCAAAGACAUGAUUCAACGACAGAUGGCGUUAAUACUUCAGCAGAGAGCACUGUUGAGGAAAACAAGGAAGAGAAAGCUGUUAAACCUGAACAGGAUAUAAAAAAGGAUCCUAAGGAACCAUCCAGAGACAGUGUCUCAGAAAAGGAGACGGAAGAAACUGACAAGGUGGAAGUCCCAAAAAGGGAGAGCAAACCAAAGACAAGAAAGGCAAGGAAGGCUGCAGCUAGAAGGAAAAGUAGAAUAAAUACCAGUAGUUCACGAGGAUCUGAAAUAGAAACAUUGUCAGCCCCUGUGACGCCCACCCUGCCAGUACAGGCACCUACAGUGAUGCACACAAGGAAGAGCAGAACGAGUAGCUGCAACUUGGAAGCCACCCAACAGCAUACGAUGACCAGCUCAAUGGCCAUAAACACCCUACCGUCCAGGAAGCGCCGGUUCAGCAGUAACUGUAGCACCAGUACGGAGAGUGUGGCCCCUCCGGUAGUCACCAUGUCCAUCACCAAUAGUUUACAGCUGAGGAGAGGAAGAAUGAGUAGCAGCUGUAGCUCCGACACUACUUCACAGGACGAGAGUAGUAACACGCUGCCUAGUUGUCCCUCUACACCGCUCCAAACAGCAGACCUUACCACACCACCAUCUUUCAAAUUCAUGAAAACCAAAAAGCACUUGAUGAGCGAAUGGUUGAGUGAGAAAACCCAGGAUACAAACCCGUUGGGCUUAAAGACAGAGGGCUUAAAGACAGAGCCGUUGGAGGUAGCAGUAGAAGACAAUGCCAUGUUUGUCACAUGUUUACCCAGCCCACGAAACAGUAUGGACCACCUUCGCCGCAACAGUCACAGUUCAGGGGGUGCUCGGGCAGGAUUAGAGAACAGUAUAGGUUCUGCUAAAAAGCGAUGGUUGAGACAAGCCAUGUGGGACAAGCCUGGUCCUGAAAGUGGUUCUAUGUCUCCUGUGGCAACAAGUGGAGGGGCAAGCCCCAACCCUGCUAUCAACACCCCUAACAUCAUGCCCAGUAUUCCAAGCCCUGGUGCCUCUCCUCCUGGUGAUUUUGUGACACCAUUGAAGAAGAGGCGGUUUGCAAGGGAGUCAUGUGACCAGCCAAUCCCUCAGACUCUGUCCACUCUAGCGAACUGUUCUUCAGUAGCUGUGGACUACAGUGUGCUAGCGGAAGUCGAAGAAAAUGGCAACCUGCAUGGCAAGCCUGACUAUCACCCCACUCCAGCUGUCUUAGAGGAGGAGGAAGACGAGAAUGUGGCCGUGUCAAAGGAAGCUGAGAGUGUGGGUGUAGACAAACCUACAAGAGGCAGGGACUCAAUAGAUAGUGAAACAUGUGAUUCAGUAGAUAUGACUACGUGUAAAAAUUCAAUUGAUCUCGAAGAUUCAGGACUUGAAAAAUCCCCUGAAACAGUAAUACAGGAAAAGUCUUCUGAAAUAGAAGAACAUACAAAUUCUUUUGAGACAGAAGUGACUGAAAAGUGUUCUGAAUCAGAAAUACAUGAGACAGGAUCAAAUAUUCAACAAAUUGGUGAUAAUGUUAGGGAUGAAAAUGAGAUAGAAGACACAAGUUGUGGUAGUAAAUCUAUAGACUUGGCAGUGGCCAAUUUAUCUGUGACUUGUAAUGAUGCAAGUGAGAAUAGUGCUAGUAACAGUUUUGAGAGUGACAAAUCUGUAGGGGUGAAAGGUGUGGGCCCCAUGGAGUCGGAAUGUGACAGCAUUCAGGAACAGAGAAAUCUGGCCGAUAGUGAUAUGGAGUCACGACAACAAGAGGUGGAGUCGGAACUCGAGGAAGGCGAGAUCAACGAUGAUUCCAUUGAGGAGUCCAUGCAGGUGGACAGUACAGAAGAUAGUGCUAAUGUGGGGGGAGGGAAAACUGCUCAAGAUAACAAACUUGCUCUGUGUGAUAGUACAUCCAAGGUGGAUGAGAACAAGGUAUUGCGACCACGUAUGCUGGAGACAGUUCAAGCGGACUGUGCUAGCAGCAGUAACGUUGUAGCCGGCCACUCUGUGUUGACCUCCGAGGUGAAGGAGGCAGCUGUUGUGGACAGUAGUACUGACACUGACCAGUCAAUGGGCAGACGGCCCAGUGACUCGGACAGAGUGGCCAUAUUACUAGCUGACCAGUCAACAGACAGUGACUAUGGCUCAUCUAGGACAGAUUUAUUAAAUUCUAGUAACCAGGAAGUGGAACCCAGUCACCAGUCUGAGGAAUCAUUGGUGGAGUCUGUGAGUGAUUUCUCCGAGUCUGUAAGACAUUCUUCUUCCUCUUCUGUUGUUUCUUUAGACACCUCAGGAGAGAAGGUAGGCAGCAGUAGUGAUGAAAAGACACAUAGCUGUUUAUCAGAUGUUAGCAGUAGUAGUGAAAGGAGGAAUUUAGCUUCCUCGGAUUCAGUGCAAUCUGUAGUGUCCUCACAAACUGUUGAUGACUUUAGACGAAACUUUGCAUCGUCAGACUCCGCUUCAUCUAUUGUAUCAUCACUGAUACCGAACAAUGUGUCGCCAGUUGUGUCAUCACAGUCAUCAGAUAAUGUUGGGGUAUCGUCUACUGAGCUUUGUGCAUCAGAUGCCACAUCUAACACAGUAGGCAAUAGUGAUUCUGCUGACAGUUCGGAGGCUGCUGUCUCAUCAAAAAUGGACAAAAGUGAGAUUUACUCGGAGGACAGCCUGCCCAGUGUUACGGGCUCUAUAUGUUUACCCAAUACAUCUGAGGCUGACACGCCUUCGUUGGACGAUUUCGGUCUAUCAGAUGAAAUAGGAAAUACUGGGGAAGCUUCAUCAUCAUCUAGUAUUUCUGAAGACUCACAUUUAGCUUCAUCAUCUGUAUCAUCCGAUCCCCCUCCACUGCCAACACCCACGAAGAAAAAGGUCAGCUUAUUGGAAUAUAGGAAAAGGCUGAAGGAGAAGAGCACACCAACUGGCAGCUGUCCAUUGUCAUCAUCAUCAUCGUCAUCGCAAGCACCAUCAUCAUCAUACACAUCAUACCCCUGUACAUCACCGUCAUCUCUCUCACCAUCAUUCAUGCCAUCGCCAUCGAUGUCCUCUUCAUACAACAAGCCAUCUUCAUCAACAACAUCUCGUGGUUCAUCAUCCCUCCACAACAACAGACGACUUCCAUCUUUACCAUCGCUACCGCUGUUUGAUUCGUCACCGCCAAAAGACCCUUCACGAUAUCAUUUUAAAAGCUCUUCCGACAUUGUUAGAAGAAAGUCAACUGAAGUGAAAAAACCUGCGAAGCCCUUGAGCUUGACUGAGAGGUUAAAGCAAGAAUUUGGGUUUGAUGAUACAGAGGAGGAAGCACAAAAGGAAAAGAAUGAUGGAAAUAUGCGCCGCAUCAUCGCCACCUCCAUUGCUAUCACGACCAGAGCAGCCUCAUCAGCAUCAUCAUCUUUCACUACACCCCCUCCUCCCCCUCCUCCUCCUCAUCCUUGCACAACCUCUCAGCCUCGUCCCGCAGGCCUAACCAGCAGUCAGGAGUAUAAGGACCAAGGACAAGAGGCACAGCAGCAGCAGCAGGCCCCACCACAGCAAGUGAUUACUCAUCCACCACAUCACCCAGGCUAUCAGCAGCCCAUGUACCAUCCCCAGCCACACACGGGCCAGCCACCCUUACACCCGCCACUACAGCCAGAAAUAGCCAUGCAUGGGGGCACACAUCCUGCCCAGCCUCCCCAUAUAAUGGGACAGAACUCUGCCAUGCUUAAUGGACCAGCACCAGGCAUGAUGCCUCCUCACUCAAUGGUGGGACCAGGUCACAUACCCCCACCUGUCCCUAAUGGCCAGGGACUAGGUCAGGCUGCCGGAAUGUUGCCACCUCACUCCCACAUUGCUGGAGUACAGGCACCACCUAUGCAGAAUGGUCCUGGACCAGCUCCUCCCGGGGGGCCCUCUCAAAGACAAGGAGGCAAGAUACCGUCACUGAUGUCUAUACAGACAUUCCCCUCUAGGGAGCUACAGCCAGCUGUCAACAGUAACGUACCCCCCACAUCUCACUCCCCGCAGCCACAGGUCUUUCCCGGACAACACCUUCAGCAGAGCACGGACCAAGGGCUUGGAAUUGCUCAACAUGGCAUACUGAAUAAUGAGGCAGCCUCUUUCAGCCAAUCAACGCUGCAGCAACAACAUCCCCACACAGCCAACCACACAACUGGUUACAAUCAAUCCCCCCAAGGGCCGAGUCAGUCGGGGUUUAACUCCACUAUCAAUGGCCCCCAGGGGCCGAGUCAGUCGGGGUUUAACUCCACUAUCAAUGGCCCCCAGGGGCCUAACCAAUCAGGCUUCAACUCUACCAUGAAUGGUCCACAGGGAUCCAGCCAAACAGGGUUUAACUCUACCUUAAACGGAAACUCAAACUUUAACAUGAUGCAGUCCUCUUCACUGCAGACACAACAGCAACCUCCAGCUAACGGACCACCUGUUGUGCAUGAGUACAAUCACGGUUUCAAUGGACAUUCAAACAAUGACCACAAACAGCACUAUCAGCAAUCCCCCUCACAGUACCACUCUCAGGGGCCAGUGCAACGAAAAUCAAAAUUCUUCGGAAAGAAAAGGAAAAAGGGACACAACCACCAGCAGCAGGUUUAUCCUGACUCGGGUGGCCUCUAUUGAGGCUUAUGUGGAAUGAGCUCUUCAUAAUCUUCUGUGUGAAUGGGUUAAAAUGUGAUUUAAGAAAAGUGAGAGUUUCUUUCUUGAUUUUUUUUUUUUUUUUUUUUUCAUUUUAGACAAUUUAAACAUUCUUCGUUAAGUAUAUGAUAAUUAAGAUUAAUUUUCUUUCUUGGUAAAUUUUAUACUGGAAACAGAAAGAUGGUAUGUUGGGUUUCUUUAAGAUCUAAAAAUAAUGCACACACAGGUAUUUACCUUUCCUAGUCCCAGAUAUUUGGUAUACCUUACAAAUAGUUUUUCAAUCUUUGUGAUAUUCUUGAAAGUGCUGUAAGGAAAAAUUGCUGACCGUCAAAUUUCUUAUUAACAUAGUAAUGCAUUUAUUUAGUAUAUUUUUUGUAAAAUUUUGUCAUUUGACUGGUCUUGUUUUUACUUUGAUCACUUGAAAUGAUCAGGUAUUAAAUUAUGAAUGGUGAAAUCCAGGUACCCAUUAUAAUCUGUAAAUGUAUGUCGAGAGUUUCAAAUGAUGGAGAAUUUUGAUGUAAAGUAUUAUGUGUAAUGGUAAUAUUAGAACAUGCAGAUGACACACUCAUCAUUUUGGCGAAGACAGAAAAAUCCUUAAUUCAUUGAAGUCUUCUUUGUUGUGGAAUGGAGUAUGUAUUUCUUACUAUUUUGGAGUUUUGUGUUUACAUUUUAUGGCAUUUAAAGUUAAUGAAUGAAUCUGUAAAUCUAGGCAUUUAAUCAUGUUGACUGACUGCAUUAUUUGCCUUGGAAGUUUUUCUGCUUCAGUUCGUCUCAAUAGGGCAGUUUUUGUGUAAAUAUUAAACAUGUAACCUAUUGAUGAGCUGAUUGUUUUGCCAAGAAACAAUGGUUUGGGAGUUGUAUUUAUUUUCACUGCAUCCCUUCAUCUGUUUGAAUAUGUCGGGGUUUCAGAUGUAAGAGUGUUUGAAAGAGAAUAUUUUGCUGUGUCUGUACAUUAACUGUGCAUUUUCUCAUUGUAAAUACAAACCAUCUAUUCUGCAACAGUUUUUUUUUUCAUGAGAUACGACUCUUUGAACAUGUAUUAACAUUUUUGAUUGUUCAUUGUUCCAUUUCAUUCAAACUGACCAUUUAUCACUCAUUUAGUCUCCAUUGUACAGAGGUUUAUUUUGUGUAGCAUAUAUAAACCAAAAUCGAUUUUAAAGGGGGUAAAUUUUGUGUUUAAUGAAAUAGAAAACUAGUUAUCGAUGGCUUAAUGUACACAGCGAAUUAAACAUUAUUUUCAUACCUGUACAGAUAUCAGGUACCAGUGUAUUAUAAAGACAAAAAAUGGGGGGGACAGUGGCAUAUUGCAAUCAAUUGCUAUUUGGGCAAUUGACCAAUGGUUUGGUCACUGCGAUAUAAUGAACUAACAAGCUUCCAACACUAGUGGAUCCCAGAAGUGUCGUCUAUAGUUUCUCUCUCUUUCUUCUCCUUUGUCUUUCUCUCUGCCUUAUGUGGAUGGUCUGAGCCAGACUGAAUGUUGGUAUGGGCUUGUUUUGUCCGAUGUUCUGAUCAGCUUUGUAUUUUACUUAUGGGAUAAUUGACCACUAGUGGAUAGAAGUAAAGUAACUCAUUUUAUGAAAAUUGAAA